AUGCGACUCAGCAAUACAUUCGAGUGGCUGCUCAUUGCCAUCAUGAUCAGUUUAAUACUCGAAACAACAACAGCACGCCAUCACCACCACCUCGCCCACCAACGACACCAACAACGCACCCAAGCGCACUCAAACCACCAUUCACACAUUACGAAGCGCCAGGGUCGAGCAGCCACCACCUCCAGUUGGUUUGGUCCAGAAUUCAUGAUUGCGCGUCGCGUCUACGAAGAUUGUCAGGAGAAGAAUGAUUUUAUUGGUUGCCUCAAGCAGAAGGCGAUACAUGCACUUUCACGUGCACUGGAACAGGACUCCAUCAAAGUGGUGGAUGGUCUUGUUUUGGAGAAGCAGAAUAGCACCGAAAAGGAGAGUAUUAUCAAUUCCAUGGCGGAUGCACGUACGCUCAGCUCGCUGAGUCCCGUCGAUCGUGUACUACUUGCCAAAAUUGAUAAAUUAACACGCACGCAUGCGCUAAAAAUCGAUAUGGGUCAGGGGCGUGGCCAUGGCGAUGAUGACGACGAUGAUGGUGGACACAAGAAGAAGAAGGAUAAGGGUGGCGGUCAUAUAAAGUAUGUCAUUGCGGCAUUGCUCACCGCCAUGGGCAUUGCUGGGCCCAUUGGGCUGAAAGCGUUGGCGGCGAUCGCGACCAAGGCGUUGGUCAUUAGCAAAGUGGCGUUAACGAUUGCCGGUAUCAUAGCGCUGAAGAAGUUAUUCUCGCAAGAUCAUCACGAAGAGUCAAGUUUUCAGGUGCACGCAGGCGAUCAUAAUCGACGCAGCACCUACGUAAUACGCCCGGUGAAUAAAUCGAAUCAGCCGACAACAGGCGGUGGUGUAAGUCAGUACUCGGAUCCAUAUCGCUACUAUUAUGAAUAUCAUUAA